CUGACUACAACAAUGGCAAGCAACAUCGAGCUGCCGCCCAACGUGUCCACUGCGCGACCCCGCCGCGCGAGCGCGACGAGCAGCGCCGGCGCGGCGUCCGUGUCCCCAUUGCGGGCCAAGGUGCCGGUGGAGCUCCCGCCAGUACUGGACGAGGACGAUGAGGACAAGCCCGGCACGCCGGCGCGCGCGGCAACGCCCACAGAGGACGACAUUGCGCUGUACAUGACCGGCGUGCUCGGCCGCUCGUCGGCCGAGCAUCCCGCCAUCGGCCCCUCGAUCCCCGGCACCGCGCUGCCCUCCGCCGCGCCGUCGCAAGCCCCGACCGCCGCGAACAGUGUUAUCGAGCUCAACAUCGACGGCGAGGGCGAAGAGCGUGAGCUGCCCGCGCUCGCGCCGACCGACCGCGGCCGCGACGCGUGGCUCUUCCUCGCGAGCGCGACAGUCAUCGAGAGCAUCGUCUGGGGCCUGCCGUACUCGGUGGGCGUGCUGCACGCGUACUGGUCCGGCGAGAUGUUCCCGGGCCAAGAGUCGGUGGUUACGCUCGCGGCGACGCUGCAGAAUGGCCUGUUGUUCGUCGCCUCGGGCUUUCUGGGACCCAUCUUCGCGACGUACCCGCAGUACACGCGCCACUUCCAGAUCUUCGGCCUGGUAUGCGGCACGGUGUCGCUGCUCUCGACGGCGUUCGUGAGCAAGUCAUGGCACCUGAUCGUGACUCUGGGGCUGAUUUACCCUCUGUCGGCAUGUACGUCUGCUCCGCUUCCCCUCCCCUUCACGAGGCCCCGCUCACACCCCCCAGCCCUCUACUUCCCCUGCCUGACGCUCCUGUACGAAUGGUUCAACGCGCGCCGCGGCCUCGCCAACGGCAUCAUGUUCUCCGGCGCGGCAGCAGGCGGCACCUUCUUCCCCCUGCUCGGGCAGGCGCUCCUCCAGGGGAUCGGGUACAAGGGCACGAUGCUGACCCUCGCGGGCAUCUUUGCGGUCGUCGACGCCGUCGCGCUCGUGUUCAUCAAGCGGCGUAUUCCCGUCGCGUCGCGUGGCAGCCAGCGCGGACGACGCGCACGACCCAGCCUCAAGAUCGACUACAGCUUCAUGAAGAAGCCGGCGGUCUACCUCUUCUCCGGAUUCGUGGUGUUCACGUCGCUUGCCAACUUUAUCCCGUCCCUGUGGAUGCCGACAUUUGCCGAAGUCGUCGGCCCGACCAACCCCUCCGGCACGUCUCUCGUCGCCAUCAUGUACGGCGCCAGCGUAGUCGGUAACCUGAUAACAGGGUACCUGACCGACCGCCUCCCGGUCGGCUUUGUGCUUCUCGGCUCGUCGACCAUCUCAGCGGUCGCGUGCUGGGUCCUGUGGGGCCUGGGCACGAGCAACGGCCUGCUCAUCGCCUUUUCCGUCGUGUGGGGGAUCACGGCGCUGUGUACCGGCUGCGCGUGGUCCAAGAUGGUCGUGUAUAUCUCGAAAGACGACCUCACCCUCCCUGGCCUCCUCCUCGGCGUCCAAACCGCCCUCCGCGGCGCGGCAAACUUCGCCUCGGGCCCCCUCUCCACCGCGCUCCUCAAGAGCUCGGCGCUAAAGGGGGCAGCGGGCGCGUACGGGUCGACGAAUUACGGCGCGCUGUUGUUGUUCACGGGUGCGAUGACGUUUAUCGGCGGCGUGUCGGCGGGGCUCUUCCCGAGGAAGUGAGCGUGGGCGAGCGGAGCGAGCGCGCCGCGCGAGCUCCGCGCGCGCGAGUGCCCAGCCGGCCAGCCGGCUGCCUACGAUGCGGCCUUGGCCCCCGCGGUUAGAUUAUCUUGCUG